ACGUGGACGCGAUUGCUUGCGCUCCACACCUAUUCACCGGCGACUCUUAAGCACCAUGGAUGAACGCUACGUCACCAGCAUCAACUUGAGUGUGCGGUCGGGGCAGACGGCGAAUUUCCGCCAGGUCAGGACCGAAGUGCGGGAAUGGAGCCUGCAGAACGGACACAGUCUGCGAGAGGAACAGCGGCCGCUGCUUUCGUACGGAGGGUCCCCUAGGACAGCACGCAGUGUGCUCACCGUGCAGCCCGCGCCUCCGGCUAAGGAGAGCCGCCUCUCGCGCCUGCAGUACCAGCACUCUCUUCACCUGCCGCAGGACCGCAUCUACAAGCUUGGUGAACCAGGUUCUGGUUUGCGCCCAAGGGGAAAAAUUCAAGAUUUCUACCAACUUCGGGCAGAAUGUCUUGAAAAAGGAAAAUUAUUUGAAGAUCCACAAUUCCCUGCAGAGGAUUCAUCCAUAUUUUUCAGCAAAAAGCCAAAAUGGCCCAUACAGUGGAUGCGACCAAAGGAAAUAGUGUCACUACCAAGAUUGUUUGUGGAAGGAGCAUCUCGAUUUGACGUGAAACAAGGGGAAUUAGGUGAUUGUUGGUUUCUGGCAGCUGUGGCUAAUCUUACACUCAAUGAUCACUUGUUCUCACGAGUCAUACCACAUGACCAAAACUUUCACGAUAAGUAUGCUGGUAUAUUUCAUUUCCGAUUCUGGCAAUAUGGACGUUGGAUAGAUGUUGUAAUUGAUGACAGAUUACCGACACACAAUGGGAAACUUGUGUUUCUUCAUUCAGCAACAUAUAAUGAAUUUUGGAGUUCUCUACUUGAAAAAGCUUAUGCCAAGUUAUAUGGUUCAUAUGAAGCUCUUAGCAGUGGUGUUACAUCUGAAGCAAUGGAAGAUUUUACAGGUGGUGUCACUGAAAUGUUUGAACUGAAAGAUGCUCCUCCUAAUUUGUACAAAAUUCUUAUAAAAGCAUAUGAACGUGGUGCCUUAAUGGGAUGUUCUAUAGAGGCAGACCCUGAAGUCCUUGAAGCCAGAACCCCAGAAGGAUUAAUCAGGGGCCACGCAUACAGUAUAACAAAUGUUAAGUAUGUGACUAUUGCCACACCUCGUAAAACUGGAGUAAUUCCACUUAUUCGUGUGAGAAAUCCUUGGGGUGAUGCAUCUGAAUGGAAUGGAGCUUGGAGUGAUAAGUCUCCAGAAUGGAAAUUCAUUUCAGAUAGUGAGAAGGAAAACAUUGACUUAACUUUCAAAGCUGAUGGAGAAUUCUGGAUGUCCUAUAAUGACUUCAAGAAAUAUUUUACUCGAAUUGAGAUCUGUAAUUUGAGUCCUGAUGCACUACAAGAAGAACAUACCAAAGGAAGUGGAAGGAAAUAUGAAAUGAGCAUAUUUGAAGGUGAAUGGGUACGAGGAGUCACAGCAGGUGGCUGCAGAAAUUACAUAGAUACCUUCUCACAUAAUCCACAAUACCGUAUAACACUGGAAGAUCCAGAUGAAGAUGAAGAUGAUGAUGAUGACAAAUGUACAGUAAUAAUUGCAUUAAUGCAAAAAAAUCGUAGAUUACAGAAGAAAAGUGGAGCUAAUUUUCUAUCUAUAGGUUUUGCAGUGUACCAUCUUCCAAAUCCAGAUAGUUUACCAAAACCUCUGGACACAGCUUUUUUCAAAAGAUAUAAAUCAGCAGCAAUGACACCACAAUUCAUCAAUCUACGGGAAGUUACUUUACGCUUGAAAUUACCACCUGGUGUUUAUUGCAUAGUACCAUCAACAUUUGAACCAAAUGAGGAAGGAGAAUUUAUCAUCAGAGUAUUUUCAGAAAACAAAAUUAACAUGCAAGAACAUGAUGAAGAGGUGGAUACGAAUGAGGUUCCUGAAGAUGUAACUUCGCAGAUGGAAAAGGAAGAUCAAAAACAAGAAGAUAAAAUAAGACAGUUCUUCAGCAAAAUUGCUGGUGAUGACAUGGAAGUGGACUGGAAAGAUCUCAAGCAGUUAUUGGAUUAUGUAAUGGCAAAUGAUUUGCCUAGUGGUAGCACAAACUCAGGAGAUCAUUCAACCUCUGUUUGUACUCGCCUUUGUGGGGUGUUGUGUUGUGAUACAUCAGUAACAGAUUCAGAUGAUAAAAAUGGUUUUUCCAAAGAGAUCUGUCGAAGUAUGGUUGCCAUGAAAGAUACAGAUAAAUCUGGAAGGCUUGGUUAUGAAGAAUUCAUAUCACUGUGGAAAGACAUUAGGCUCUGGAGACAUGUGUUUAAAACUCAUGACAGACUGGGCAAUGGAACACUGAGCACAUUUGGGCUGCGUGAGGCAUUGAAUGCUGCAGGUUAUAAGUUAAAUAGCCACAUACUUAAUGUGCUCAUGCAUCGAUAUGGCACAAAAGAUGGAAAAAUUGCAUUUGAUGACUUCAUGCUAUGUGCUGUUAAGCUGAAGAUAAUGAUUGAUAUUUUUCAUAAAAGAGAUCCAGAAGGUACACGCAAUGCAAGUUUCAGCAUUGAUGAAUGGAUUGAGACCACACUCUAUUCUUGAAGAUUAUCGUCCACUGGUUAUGCCGCCUGUACUUCCAACAUGCUAUGUGGAACAAAAGACUGCAGUGGAAGAGCAUGAAAGGCAAACUGAGAAACUGGACAGAGAUAGAAUAAACUUAUCAUAUAAUUUCUUUCCAUCUGGUUCUUGAGUACAAAAGAACACAAUCGUACAUACAAAAUAAGACUGUACAUACUUAACGUGACCGUAUAAUUCUUUUAAAUGUAUAUUUUUGUAUUUAAUAUGUGUAAAUAUUGCAAUUGUUCUACAAUACAAAUUCAAAUCUUUUUUCUAAUAAAAUGUGUUUUUUAAUAA